AUGAGAGACCUUUUCACUAGGGCAGCUGCCCUUUUCCUCCUCUUCAACCCCAUCUAUGGCGCAGAUGAUGGAGACGAUGGGUACAUCGGGUACCGACUCGACAAGCGCGGCGACCCCGAGACGGUAAAUUACGAAACCGCCAACACCGGCGGUGUCCAGCUUGCCGAAGAGCCUGAUGUCUAUCUCAACGCUUCGGUGAGCGUCGGGUACAUCGGGGUUGACGUGCAAAACCUCACGGCCAAGGUCAACCUCGACGCAAACGUCCUGAAGCUGUUGCACUUCAGCGCGGGCGUUGACGCGAGCAUCAACCGCGUCCAGCUCAAGAUUGAGAAUGUCUCUGCAAAGGUCGAGCUGGAGGCGCGUCUCGGGAAUGUUGUCAAGAUGGUCGACGAUGUGCUCAACAGCAUCGAUCUCAAUCCCAUCAUUGCGACCCUGGGACAGGAAGUCACACAGAUCAUCAACUCCACCACUGACCUCCUCGAUGGUGUUGGUGAGGGACUUGGAGGCGGAGCUGGGGCCGGGGAAGAGGAUGCUGCAGGAGGCAACGCCAAACGGUCGUUCGAGGGAAGCCACAAGCUCGAGAGCAAUGUACUUUUCAGCGUCAACGACUACACCGGCCAAGCACACAAGAACCGUGUCCUCGCACAGGACGGCAGCAUCUACGACGAGUAUCUCGACAAUGACGGCAACGAGCAGUCGCGGGUCGUGGUGGGAUCAUACGACAAGGAUAUGGAGUUCAACGGACAUAACCGGACGAUUGAAGAGGAGGGCAAUGUUGUCGAGUUUGAGCUGCAGUAUGAUUAUAAGCCCUUUCCCGGCGUUGAGGUGACUAGUUGGAUCUUUGUCGAUACGACAGGCAAGGUGACCCGGACACAGGUUAUCGCAGAGGCUCAGGGCGGAGGAUCAAGCACCAUCAGCAAUGAUGCGGAUUUGUAA